UUUGCCAAUGACUUUGACAAUUCUGUCACGGAUCUUGUCACUUGGCACCACCUGAUAAAAAGUGUCGAUAUCAGUUCACCGCAUCCACUCGUUUCCAUUCUUUUGUAAAUGUAAUACAUUCGCGGCAUCGAUGGAUCAGGACAAUCUACGUCAGCGACAAAAGGACCAACCUACCGUUGACGGGCCGUUCUCUGCGAGCGAGAUCACCGCAGAAAUGACGCCGAAAGAGGCGUAUUUCGAGCAGCUUCGCACUUGGGUCAACCAAGCCAACAUGUCCCAAAAUGCGCUCGCCUGCUUCCCGUACUACUUAAUGGCCAACUACCCGCAGCUGUUCCAGAGCCAGGGUUCGAGUGCGGCCGGCAGUGCGACUCAAAUGAAUGGGGGACUCCCUGGCGCAGGGCAAAAUAAUGUCCCCAAUGAAUUGCGCGGCGAACGUCGCUUAGCCGAUUAUUUCGAGAAUCUGCGCCAGGAGGAGAUUAUUAACCAGAACGGAGGGUACGAGUUCGUGAUAGCACCUUUUUGGAAGAGGUUCGUGGCGGAGCUGAUUGAUGUGAUGAUUCUGCUGUUGCUGAAGAUUAUGGUCACCUUCACGGUCGUUGACAUGCUCGACUUAACUGUUGCAAACAAUUUGAACAUGGAAAAACUCAAAAAAGCUAUCGAAAGCAACUACAUUGAAUUCAUUUUCAUGACCUCGGAUUUUCUCAUCUUGGAAAUCAUCACGCGCAUUGGCGUAUGUUUCUACGAAGCUUUGUGGACAAUGACUGGCCAUGUCUACGUAGGUGGAGCCACACCUGGUAAAAUUCUGAUGGGAAUUCGUAUCGUACAUGUUGAAGCCGUGGUUCCUUUGGAACCUGUUCAACCAGGAAUGAAUAUCAAUAACACUGGCAGACCGUUACGUGCCUUACUUUAUCCCGCAAGCAACCUGGGCUUUCGACGUGCGCUUUUCCGUUCGGUCGCAAAAAAUGUCCUAAUGGCGUUACUGUUUCCAAUGUGCUUUAUAAUGUUGUUCUUCAAGAACAAUCGGACGGGAUAUGAUAUUAUGACGAAAACAAUAGUUGUGGAGGAGAAUCAUGCACCGACACUUCGACGACGAUAACUAAGUUAUUGUUAAUAUGUAUGUUAAGACUGCAAGAGAUUUUUUUUUGAUAAUUAUAUCGCUUAGAAGCCAUGCUUUUUUGCCUUUAUGCCAUCCCCAGUUUUGUAUUCCUUGCUCUUUGCAUAUUCAUAGUAUAAUGUGCUAACAAUUUUCGAACAUUCAUUUUUCAGUGUGAAAAGUUUCUCAUUUUUAGGCGUUAAACAUUUCUAUCUCGCUUCAUAGUCAUCUUAAUUUGGUGUUAGUUGCAUACGUUAAUAUUUUUAUCCAACUCCAGUUAAGAAAUGCUGUCUCAUUGUUUAUCAAUUUAUCUGGAACUAUCUGAGUCAUUUGAUGAAAAACGGAAUAGUUCUUAUCACCCAUAUACGGCUUUGUCUUAUUACGUUGCCUUUUCACAUGUUAUUCACUUUGUAAAAGAACGGUCGGAAUGCUAGGUGAUUGUUUUGAGAUAGACUCUUGUAUCGUUACAGCAGAAACAUUUUGGUUAUUGAUAGUUAUUUUUUAAACUGAAAAUACAGAAGGACUCUCCUUAUAAUAAUGCAUGUCCCUGACACGUAUGGGUAAGCGGCAUCAUAUCUCUGUGUUAAUUCUAAUAAAAAAAAUGUGAAACAUAUUUUGUAUAUAUAAUUGUGAUGUUUAUCGAAAAAAAUAAAUCCUUUUUCGAUGUA